AUGCAACGAGAGUUUUCACCCAUCACAAGCGAUGGAAUAGAGUCGGCGUCGACCCCACUUAGGCUAGGGAACCAAUCCGCGGGGCAAAUUACUGUUUCAGCCAGCGUUGACGAGUCAAUUUUGGUUGACCCUGUCAACAGCGAAGAAACGCAUGAGCUCCAGUCCAUCAUCGAAACACAUCCAGACUUGAACAUUGCCAGCAAACAGGGCCACCACUUGAACCCGGUAAACGUGGCUCACGUUAUGUUUUCACCAGAGAGGAAAGCGAGACGACAGCAGCAGCAACUGCAACUGCAACUGCAACUGCAAUUAUACCAUGAAAUGACAACACCGACGAGACCACAACGCCAGCCGUCGUCGUUGUCUCCUUCUGCUUCUUCUCCUACUACCCCUGCCGCGGCCAUCGGCACCACCAUUGCAACCGGACCACUUGCUUCAUCUAGCAUAUUUGCCAAUCCCUACACCCCUUACGCUUUGAAUCUAUACUUUCAGUUACUCGUCAACAUAACUCUUUGGUCCUUCAUCAUAUACCUCCUCUGGCUAUCGGUAACAACAAUAAAAGCAGAUAUAAACACCAAAGUAGAACAGUUUACCCUACAGAAACUAGACGAGAUCUCGCGCUGCUCCAAGGAGUUUUCGCGGAAUAAAUGUGACUCGUAUCCAAGGCCCCCCGUGAUUGAUCACGAAUGCGAUCUCUUGGACCAAUGCCAAAACCAAGAUCCCACGAAAUUUGUCCGGCUGAAAAUCUCGUUCGAGCUCUUAGCCGAGACUGUUAACGCAUUUUUCGACAAGGUUAGCUACAAGAGUUUGGCUGUUUUAGCCUUGGUGCUUCUUGUCAGUAUCACUUACACUAGUUUCACGAUCAAGGAUUUCAGGUCGGACAAGUUGAAAGAAACUGAAGUAAAGUACGAGAAGCACGAAGAUGCAUCGUCGAGGAAGAAACGGGCGAUCCAGUUUGCGGAGGCUAAGGAAGCCGUGUUGUUUGAGGAGGAAUUGGAUGGCUGA